UCUAUCUAUCUAUCUAUCUAUCUAUCUAUCUAUCUAUCUAUCUAUCUAUCUGAUAAGGAGAGUUGAGUCACUCACUGAGUGACGCAUGCAUCAGCCUGAAGCUGCCUCCAUCUUUGUUUUGGUCUGCAGGGCGCUUCGAGACGGCUCUCUGCAGGUGGGCAACGAGGCGCCGGUGACAGGCUCAUCUCCUCUCCGAGCCACGCAGCUGGACACAGACGGAGCGCUCUGGUUAGGCGGCCUGGAGGUGCUGGGCGUGGCGCGCCGGCUGCCCAAGGCCUACAGCACCGGCUUCGUUGGCUGCAUCAAGGAUGUGGUGGUGGACGGGGUGGACGUCCACCUGGUGGAGGACGCCUUGAACAGCCCCAAAAUACUUCACUGCUCCGCCGCCAAAUAACCAGGAAGAGAACGAGCACUGCGAAACCGGAGUAAACAACAAAACAAGAAACCCUCC